AAACGCGUCUUGUUAAUUCUAUUGCGUCCAUUCGCAACGCGUCCUGUUCACUGAAAGCUGAUUUUGUCGCCGGUUGUGUAAAUGGGGGUGUGUGUGAGUUAAGUUUAAGGCGGAAGUUGAACUUGCCCUCUUACACGUUUGUCGUUCGAUGUCAUUCAUGCGUUUGGGUGCUCGGAUCCCCGCGUGCAAAACAGCCGGUGUUCUCUCGACACGUUUAUGAAGUUGCUGUGGUGUAAAUAAAUCAGAUUGAGACAGAUGAGCUCUUUUUACGGAGAUAAGGCUGCGUUAGGGCUGGCUGAGGAGCUCAGUCAGGUGAACUGUCAGGAUGAGCUGGAGUUUGACUAUCUUUUUGAGUAUGGAACCUCCACGGGACUUCAAGAUGAGCAAAACAUCUCCUCUGACAAAGACCUCAUCUCUGCUCCCAGCCUCUCCUAUCCUCUGGUGGAAGCUUCACCCUACGGCAUCAAGCCGUGCGCGUCUUCGUACACGGAGGUCACCAACGAAGGCUACGAGCAACUGGAUGCAAAGAGCUACCUGGAGUACGGCAGACCCAACAGCCAGGCCCUGAGUCCCCGAAUUGAGAUCACGCCCUCCCGUGAGCACUAUAGUCAUGGUCGAGACUCCCUCCAGAACCAUCUUGUGAACACCAGCCCCAGUGCCGGGCUCACCGUACCCGGUCACGAUCCUCUGGCCUACAGGGAGUCGCAGUGCCUGAGUCCCGCCAGCAGCAACUCGUCCACCUCCUGGCACUCAGAGAACCACUCGCCCUUUACCUCGCCCUGCGUUUCGCCCAGCAACAGCCAGGCCACUGGAGAACUCUGCCCACGACUUCAGGGCAUUUACACGGGUUCCCCUCGAACCAGUCCGGGCACUUCUCCACGAACCAGCCUGGCCGAGGACGGCUGCGUAGGGCCGCGCUCUCCUUCCCCCCGGCCUGGCUCGCGUUCCACCUCCCCUCUAUGCAAACGCACCUACGAGAUGUACAGGAACCCCAACCUGGUGCCGGUGGCCCGAUCACGCAGCCCGUCACCCCACGGUGGCCACGAAGAGCAUCACUCUUAUGGCUCAAAUAACCUCUCAGGGUCCAUGAAUGGGUUUGGAGUUGGCCAGGCUAGUUCCAUUCCUACCAAGAUCGUGAAGACUAACCAGCAGGUCUACCCGCUCUACCAAGACAACCACACUGAGAGUUACCUGGUGUCAUGUGACCAGGAUGUGAAGACCAAACCUGGCUCUGAACCUUUCUUCGUAAUCCCUCAAAUGUGGCCUAAACAGCUGGUGCCUGGCAUAUGCAGCAUCCCCGUGGCUUCCCUGCCCCCGCUGGAGUGGCCCCUACCGAGCCGCACCGAUCAGUACGAGCUCCACAUCGAGGUGCAGCCCAAACCCCACCACAGAGCCCACUAUGAGACCGAAGGCAGCCGAGGGGCGGUCAAAGCCCCGACUGGAGGUCACCCUGUGGUCCAGUUACGUGGAUACAGGGGCAAGGAGCCGCUUGGUUUGCAGAUCUUUAUUGGCACGGCAGACGAGCGAAUCCUGAAGCCUCACGCUUUCUAUCAGGUCCAUCGCAUUACCGGCAAAACCGUCACCACCACCAGCUACGAGAAGAUAAUCAACAGCACCAAAGUCUUGGAAAUUCCUCUUGAACCAAAGAAUAAUAUGAAAGCAAUAAUUGAUUGUGCCGGGAUUCUCAAGCUUCGGAAUGCAGACAUCGAGCUGCGGAAAGGGGAGACGGACAUUGGGCGUAAAAACACGCGAGUUCGACUGGUAUUCCGUGUUCAUAUUCCCCAGCAAGGAGGCCAACAUGUGUCUUUACAAGUUGCUUCGCAUCCCAUUGAAUGCUCCCAGAGGUCUGCCCACGAGCUGCCCAUGGUAGAAAAGCAGGACAUGGAUGCUUGUUCGGUUCUUGGAGGCCAGCAGAUGAUUCUCACCGGCCAGAACUUCAGCGCAGAUUCGAAGGUGAUCUUCAUGGAGAAGACUCAUGAUGGACAGCAAAUUUGGGAAUUGGAAGCCACAGUUGACAAAGACAAAAGUCAGACAAGCAUGCUGUUCAUUGAGGUGCCUCCAUAUAGAGACCCAUCCAUUUGCCAUCCUGCCAAAGUCAACUUCUACGUAAUAAAUGGGAAACGGAAGCGCAGUCAGCCUCAGCAUUUCACCUACACGCCUCUACCAGUUCCGUCUAUUAAGACAGAGCCGGUGGAUGAAUAUGAAUCUGGUCGGAUGGGUUAUUCCAUGUCACAAAUGCUGGGGGUGUCUCCCCAGCCGUACUAUAACCCUCGGGGGGUCAUCAGCCCAGAUAGUGGCCUAGUGCCUGGCCUCGUCCCCUGUCAGCAGGCCCGCCUAGGUGUCUCCCCUCCGGACCACCGAUUUCAGCAGCAGAGCCAAGCCAUAAUGUACUCCCGUCCUGGAAAAAGCUUGUCAAGCAGUCCUAUUUACUCUCAGACGGGAGCUGCUAUGAUGCCAGACUCCCAUCGUUCAGUUCUGGUCCACACGGGUUCCCCAGCCCAGUCCUCUCACCUGGGUGGCCAACAUCCCUCUAACCAGCAUUCCUCAAUCAUCCAGUUCUCUCCCACCAACCACCACAUGCUCAGAGGAGGAGAUCCCCCUGCGCCACCACCCCCAGAACAUCAGCACAUCAUUUAUUGCGAGGGCUAUAACCAGCAUGGUCCCCAAGCUACAGGGGCCAACCGUUCACCAGCACCAGCCCAGGCACCGCAGCACCCUCAGAAUUACCCUACAGUCAUCCAGCAGCAGCCCUUCCUCCAGAGAGUGGCCAAAGACAGGUCACCUCCUGUCCAAGUAGAGCCACAGAGAUGUUCCUCCGCAGAAGAACAGAGAACCAGUGUUCCUGGACGAGUCACAGUCAAGCAGGAGAACUUGGAUCAGGCCUACCUUGAUGAUGUGAACGAGAUCAUAAGGAAGGAUCUGACAGGAGUGCAUGGCAGGGGUCAGACAUAAAGGAAACCCCCUGAUCGGCGAGCAGGACCCCUGGAGUGUCCGCUGUGCCGCUGUGUAUCGCCGUUCCCCUGCCUUCAGAGCAGCAGCGAUGCCUCGGCCCGGUCAAGUGUCACCUCUGACAAAAACUGGAUCAUGGACCGCAUUUAACCAAACAUCCAUCUCAGUCAACUCCAGGAACAGCAGCGUGUUGAUGUGCAAAUGGUAUUGAAUUUCCCUGCUAUUAUUUGACUUUUGAAAGUCGUCCAAUGUUGAUCUCAUAUGUCAAAGUUGUCAGAGACUUGAGCCUUCAUAAACAGUUUGGAUUGGACAGGUGGAGUUAAAUCCAUUUUUUUCCCCCCCCCUUUUUGUGGGUUUUUUAUUCCAUAGCCUUUUGACUCACAUAAAUGAACUCACUCAGAUUAGUGUAUUUCAAGCAAUAACCUCAUCAUCUGUGAGACUAAACCAUUACCGUCCGUCAUAUUCACCAAAACAAGUGGUUUGCACAUACUUCUGAAGGGAAAGUGGAUGAAUACACCACGCCACUGCAAAUGUUUGAUAUAUUUGUUUAAGAAUAGUUGUUUUUGUAUUAGAUGAACCACAUGUACAUCAAUCCAAAUUUACAUUUUUGAAAUGCCUUGUACUUAAUGUUUUAAAUUACUAAGUAAAUGCACUGUUCAUGAAGAGAAUUCUGAAAAACAGCGUAUGCACUUCUUGUCAGUGAAUUAUAUUUUAUUUAAAGUUUCUCAGAAAUAUGAGAUUUGUUUGUAAUCAUGCAGUAAUAGGGCUAAGAAAACCAAUGAAGUGCCAUUUUCUGUAAAUAGUAAACUGAACAUUGUGCCUUUGCCUACGGUGCUGUACCAAAACGUAGAACCAGCAAACCAAAAAUGAAUGGAAGUACAUGUACCUUGUGUCAAGUCAGAGCCCAUAAUGCCCUGCACUACAUUUAGGUUCUCAAAACGUCUUUGUCCCAUACUAAAACUGAAUGGUUAUCAUAUUUUAGUAUUGCUUAUUUAUGCAUUUUCAACCUUUCCAGUUCUAUCUGUUCUGCUUAUGAAUAUACAACACUUGAAUUGUUCAAGUUUUUGUUCUGUGUUAAAAUUUAGGGUAGAUUUAUCUCUCAUGGAGAAUUUUUUUUAACCAUAACUGCUUUGCUUUUAUGAUAUGCAUAUAUAUUUUGUGUGUGUAUAAAUGUAGAACAUUCAAAACAUGGAAAUAAGUUUCUGUAUUUAUACUUCCAGUUGAUAUCAUGUCUCUGUAACACAUUGGCACAUUAAUUUUCUGAUAUUGAAUGCAAAAAAACUGACUUUAUUCAAGCAACAAACAAAUUCAUUUAUUAAGAAGCAUCAGCUUGUGUUCAAAGGCUUCUUUUUGAAAAUAUUUUUGAAAGCAAUCCUGCCCACAAAAAAAAAAAAAAAAAAAGCAUAAGUAUAUUUUUAUAUGUCUUUACAAUUUUGGCUGAAUUAUUAAGAGUGGUAUAAAUUAAUUAAUUUGUAAGUAUUAUCUAAAAUUUAUCUUUAUUCCUUUGGGACACAUUGUAAAAAUAGUGAUACUGUUGUUGUUUUUCAGUGUACAGUGGGCACAACAAAACAACUAUUCAGAAUGUAAACCUUUUCUUUUUACUGUAAAUAGACUGCUUCGAAAGUGUAUAGACUGUUUCUAUAAUUUUUAUUUUUUAGAAUCAGAUAGUCAGAAUUGGAAGAGAAAUAUUUAUAUGAACUGAAUCAGUUGUUCUCUUGCCAUUUAAUAUCUUAUAACCAAGGCUCUGGGAAUAUAUGAACUGCCAAAGCUUUUGCUGCAUAUAGACGAAUUGCAUUUAAUUUUUUUUUUUUAUAUAUAUUAAUAUAAGAUUGUCAAUGCCAAAAGAGAGACCAAUUAUAUUUUUUAUUUCAUUAGCUUGUCAUGAUUAUAUUCAUGUUUGGCUUAAGCAUGUCGAACCUAAUAUGUUUAGACGUGUUCAUGUUUGUCAAAUAACCAGCUGAGGACAUGAGCAAUAAAACGAAAAGCUUUAAAGAG